AUGUCUCUCACAUCAUCAAAAGAAAUUUGGGAUUAUCUAAAGAAAGAAUAUGUUGGAGAUGAAAGAAUCCGAGGAAUGCAAGUACUGAAUUUAAUAAGAGAGCUCGAGUUGCAAAGAAUGAAAGAUUCUGAGACAGUCAAAGAGUAUAUGGACAGAUUACAUGACAUUAUUAACAAGGUACUGAAGCAAAGGAGACUUAUGAGGCAAGAUAAUAUAUUUGAAGGAGCCUUAGUAGCCAACCACAAAACUCAAAGUAGGGGUAAAAUUUUCAAAAAUUACCUACCUUAUGAGAACUGUGGAAAAAUGGGGCAUCCACCAUAUAGAUGUUGGAAAAGCCAGACGCGAAGUGUAACAAGUGCAAUCAGCUUGGCAAUGAAGCAGUUAUUUGCAAAAAAAAAAAAAAUUGAGAACCAUAACGCAGAUGCAUAUGUGGUUAAUGAAGAAGAAGAAAAAAAUCAUCCUUUUGUUGCAACAUGUAUCUCAAGUAAGAUUUCGGCAAAUUUUUGGCUGAUUGUUAGCGGUUGCACCAACCACAUGGCUUAUAACAAGAGUUUUUUUAAAGAAUUAAAGCUUACUGAAAUAUCCAAAGUUAGGAUUAGAAAUAGUGACCAGAUUCUUGUUGAAGGAAAAGGAACUGUAGUCAUCAAAACAAAUUCAAGUAAUAAAGCAAUUUCAGAUGUUCUUUAUGUACCUGAUAUUGAUCAAAACUUGUUGAGUAUUUGUCAGUUGGUAGAAAAAAUAUACAAAGUAUCCUCUGAGGAUAAGCAUUGCUUCAUCAAUGAUGGCGCUGGAAAAAAGUUUUAA